AUGCCGAAAGUCUCUCUUGAAAAAGUGCAUAAGCAAAUCUCCAAAAAGAGAGGUGUUCUCAAUAUCAUGCACGAGAACAGCCGCGAUGCCCACCGACUGCGCAAAGCUGGUGCUCGUGUUGACCGAUUGUCCCGCCAUUCCCACACUGUGAACAGAGCCAGACAGCCAUACAGUGAGAUACACUCCCCUGCCACCAAUUGCACUGAUCUAAUUCAACUAGUGGACCGUAUCGAAUACAUCCACGAGGCCGUGCAAGAAUACACCGACGCUCUCUCUACCGAACAAAUGACCGAGUUUGUCGCCAAAGCUCCAGGCCGAGCGCCGCAAGGGUCGGCCCCCAGCAAACGCGAAGAGGCCCUCAAAGAGCGGGUGCAGGUUGAAGACCGGGAGUUCACCACCGGACUUUGGAUGCCAGACCUCAGCGACCAAUAUGCAUUGACAGGAAUGAAGAACUGGAAUGGACACUGGUCUGGCCUCAGCGCUAUCACUUUCAUCCGACUCACUAAGGCGGGAGAAAAGCUUACAUCCACAUUCCCUCCCAAGAGCAUGUCAUGA